GAGCCGGUCGAGAGAGAGUCACCGCCUCGGGUCGCUGGCCGCGAGGAGGCGAAAGAGGAGGACCACAACUGCCCGGCGUCUCCCCCCUCGCCCCUGCCUGCCGACGAGGGCCCGGCGUCACCGUGGGAAGAGCCGGACCGGAAACCCGGUGCCGCGGAGCCGGGGGAGGGGCCCGAGGGUCUCCGGGAGGGUGCCGGCGUCGGCGCUCACCGCUGCCCCCUGUGCCCGCGGAGUUUCGCCGCGCCCUCGGAGCUCGAGGCGCACCGGCGCUCCCACGGCGGCGCCGGCACCGCCGGCGACCGUCUGCUGCGGUGCUCGGUCUGCCGGGACUCCUUCCGCCAGCCGGCCGACUUCUUCGGCCACCGCUGCCCGCCGGGCGGGGGCUGCCGCUGCCCGCCGGGCUGCAGCGAGCCCUGCCGGUGCGCCGCGGCCGGCCGGGAGAAGCCCUGCCAGUGCAGCGCCUGCCACAAAGUCUUCCGGCGCCUCUCGUCCUUCCUGGUGCACCGCUGCGGCGCUGCCCGGCAACCGGACCGGCCCUUCCGGUGCGACGUGUGCGGCAGGAGGUUUGCCCAAGCGUCCAAGCUCGAAGACCAUCGGCGCACCCACACCGGCGAGCGGCCCUUCAGGUGUGACGUGUGCGGGAAGCUCUUCUCUCAGUCCUGUAAGCUCCUGGCCCACCAGUGCAUCCACACCGGGGAGAAGCCCUUCCGGUGCCAGGCCUGCGGCCGCUCGUACAACCGCUUGGACAACCUGCGCCGGCACCAGCGCUCCCACCUGGUGGAGCGGCCGCACGUCUGCCCGGUCUGCGGGCGGGCCUUCGCCGACCCUGACCGCCUGCUGUGCCACCAGCGCAGCCACGCCGCCGAGAAGCCCUUCCGGUGCCCCGCGUGCGGCCGCGGCUUCGCCCGCUCCGCCAAGCUGGCCCUGCACCGGUGCCCGCGCGCCGUCGGCGGCCCCCCCGGCGAGCGCCUGCACCGCUGCGGCGACUGCGGCAAGACCUACAGCCGCCCGGAGAACCUGCGGCGCCACCGGCGCUGCCACGGCCGGCUGCGCAAGGGCCUGCACUGCCUGCUGUGCCAGAAGACGUUCAACCUGUUCUCCACCUUCCUGGCGCACCAGGCGCUGCACACCGGCGAGAAGCCCUUCCGCUGCGGCGUCUGCCACAAGGGCUUCGGUGCCUCCGGCUCGCUCCUGGCCCACCAGUCCAUCCACACCGGUCAGAAGCCCUACCGCUGCGGCGACUGCGGCAGCAGCUACAACCGCCUGGACAACCUGCGGCGCCACCAGCGGUCGCACCAGGGCGGCCCGGCCCCGGACGGGGAGGGGCGGCGGAGGAGGAGGAGGAGGGAUGCCGCGGUCAAGGCCGCCCAGGAGGAGCGGGCCGCCCGCCUCCAGCUGGUCUUCAGGUGCGAGGUCUGCGGGGAGACGUUCCCGGCGCUGUCUGACCUGCAGGCCCACCGUCUGGGCCACUCGGAGACUUCAUUCCCCUGUGACGUCUGUGGGGAGACGUUCCCGGCGCUGUCUGAGCUCCAGGCUCACCGUCUGGGCCACUCGGAGAACUCGUACAAGUGCGACGUCUGCAGGGAGACGUUCCCCGCACUGUCUGACCUGCAGACUCACCGUCUGGGCCACUCGGAGACUUCAUUCCCCUGUGACGUCUGCGGGGAGACGUUCCCGGCGCUGUCUGACCUCCAAACUCACCGUCUGGGCCACUCGGAGACCUCGUACGGGUGCGACGUCUGUGGGGAGUCGUUCCCCACACUGUCUGACCUCCAAACUCACCGUCUGGGCCACUCGGAGACCUCGUACGGGUGCGACGUCUGUGGGGAGACGUUCCCCACACUGUCUGACCUCCAAACCCACCAUCUGGGCCACGCGGAGACGUCAUUCCCCUGUGACGUCUGCGGGGAGACGUUCCCCGCGCUGUCUGACCUGCAGACCCACCGUCUGGGCCACUCGGAGACUUCAUUCCCCUGUGACGUCUGCGGGGAGACGUUCCCCGCGCUGUCUGACCUGCAGACCCACCGUCUGGGCCACUCGGAGACUUCAUUCCCCUGUGACGUCUGCGGGGAGACGUUCCCGGCGCUGUCUGACCUCCAGACUCACCGUCUGGGCCACUCGGAGACCUCGUACGGGUGCGACGUCUGUGGGGAGACGUUCCCCACACUGUCUGACCUCCAAACCCACCAUCUGGGCCACGCGGAGACGUCAUUCCCCUGUGACGUCUGCGGGGAGACGUUCCCCGCACUGUCUGACCUCCAGACCCACCGUCUGGGCCACGAGGAGAGGCGGGAAGGACACCGCUGUGACUCCUGUGGGGAGACAUUUCUCCGACCGGAUGAGCUUCUGGUGCACAGCUAUGUGCACGCAGGCGAGCGCCCCUUCACCUGCACCGUCUGCGGGCGUGGUUUCACCAAAGCAUCUUCCCUGUGUGCCCACCAGGCUAUCCACACCGGCCAGAAGUCUUACCGCUGUCCUGUCUGCCCAAAGAGCUACAACCGUCUGGAUAACCUGAGACGUCACCAACGUGUGCAUUUGGGGGAGCGGCCCUUCCGGUGCACGGUGUGCGGCGAGGGCUUUGUCUCCUCGGCUCUCCUGCGUGCCCACCGGGCGGCCCAGCACCCUGGCGUCACCCGCGCUCCCCCCUCCUCCUCCUCCUCCUCCCCCCAACCACCACCGGUGUCCGCCAACCGCCCCGCGUCCCCGGACCCGGUCAUCCAUGUGGCCACGCGCUUUGAGUGCCGGGUGUGCGGCGAGGGCUUUGCUGACUCACUGGGACUCCGCGCCCAUCGCUCUCUGCACCUCCAGCCCUCCUACCAGUGCCCUGAGUGCGGGGAGAUCUUCAACGACUCGUCUUCGCUACAAUCCCAUCGCUUGACCCACGUAGACUCGUCCUACCCGUGUCCCGAGUGUAGGGAAAUCUUCGAUGAUUUAUCAUCGCUACAAACCCAUCGCUUGACCCACGUAGACUCGUCCUACCAGUGUCCCGAGUGUAGGGAGAUCUUCGAUGAUUUAUCAUCGCUACAAACCCAUCGCUUGACCCACGUAGACUCGUCCUACCAGUGUCCCGAGUGUAGGGAGAUCUUCAAAGAUCCAUCAUCGCUCCAAACCCAUCGCUUGACCCACGUAGACUCGUCCUACCAGUGUCCUGAGUGUAGGGAGAUCUUCGAUGAUUUAUCAUCGCUCCAAACCCAUCGCUUGACCCACGUAGACUCGUCCUACCAGUGUCCCGAGUGUAGGGAGAUCUUCGAUGAUUUAUCAUCGCUCCAAACCCAUCGCUUGACCCACGUAGACUCGUCCUACCAGUGCCCUGAGUGUAGGGAGAUCUUCGAUGAUUUAUCAUCGCUCCAAACCCAUCGCUUAACCCAUGUAGACUCGUCCUACCAGUGUCCCGAGUGUAGGGAGAUCUUCGAUGAUCCAUCAUCGCUACAAUCCCAUCGCUUGACCCACGUAGACUCGUCCUACCAGUGCCCUGAGUGUAGGGAGAUCUUCGAUGAUUUAUCAUCGCUCCAAACCCAUCGCUUGACCCACGUAGACUCGUCCUACCAGUGUCCCGAGUGUAGGGAGAUCUUCGAUGAUUUAUCAUCGCUCCAAACCCAUCGCUUGACCCAUGUAGACUCGUCCUACCAGUGUCCUGAGUGUAGGGAGAUCUUCGAUGAUUUAUCAUCGCUCCAAACCCAUCGCUUGACCCACGUAGACUCGUCCUACCAGUGUCCCGAGUGUAGGGAGAUCUUCGAUGAUUUAUCAUCGCUCCAAACCCAUCGCUUGACCCACGUAGACUCGUCCUACCAGUGUCCCGAGUGUAGGGAGAUCUUCGAUGAUUUAUCAUCGCUCCAAACCCAUCGCUUGACCCAUGUAGACUCGUCCUACCAGUGCCCUGAGUGUAGGGAGAUCUUCGAUGAUUUAUCAUCGCUACAAUCCCAUCGCUUGACCCACGUAGACUCGUCCUACCAGUGUCCCGAGUGCGGGGAGAUCUUUGAUGAUUCCUCCUCUCUCCAAACUCAUCGGGCUGUCCACGCCAAUGCCUCAUACCGCUGCCCUGAGUGCGGUGAGGUGUUCGCCGACUCGCCCGCCCUCCAAGCUCACCGUCUGAGCCACGCCGACGCCUCGUACCAGUGCCCCGAGUGCCGGGAGAUCUUCGACGACUCCCCUUCCCUGGCCGCCCACCGGCUCGGCCACGUCGACGCCGGUUACCGGUGCGCCGGCUGCGGCCAGGACCUGGAGGGCGCCCUGGCCCUCUCCGCCCACCGGUGCCCGGCCGCGCCGGGAGACAAGCCCUUCCGGUGCCUGCUGUGCGGCAAGGGCUUCAGCCAGGCCGUCUCGCUCAGGAAGCACCGGUGUGCCGGCGGUGGGAGGGGAGCCGAGGGGGUCCCCCCGAGUCCGCCAGCCGUGGUCCCCAGGGGCUCCCGGCUCUCCCGGCGCCCCGGGGAGCGCUGCUUCCGCUGCCCGGCGUGCCCCAAGGGCUACAACCGCCUGGACAACCUUCGGCGGCACCAGCGAGUGCACCUGGGCGAGAGGCCCUUCCGGUGCACGGCGUGCGGCGAGGGCUUCCCGUCGUCGGCCUCUCUGCGGGCACACCGGGCGUCCCGGCACUCUGGGCGCCCCCCACCGCGGCGCGGGGGCGCCCCCUUCGAGGGAGGUCCCUUCCCCUGGGGGGGCAGGGGGGAGGCGGUGGCGCCGGAACCCUGCCCCUCCCCGGGGUCGGCGCUCGGCUGCGACCUGUGCGGUGAGCGGCUGCCAGAUGCCCUCUCCCUCCGCACCCACCGCCUCCUGCACACCUGGGGGGAGGCCGGGGGCAGGGAGGGGCGGGAGGAAGGGGACGCCUGCCGGUGCCCGCAGUGCGGUGCCACCUUGCCCAGCCCCUCUGCCCUGGACGAGCACCUCCUGCUGCACGCCUGGGAGCGGCCCUUCGGCUGCGACGUGUGUGAGGCGCGGUUCGCCGACUCCUGUGCCCUGACCGAGCACCAGCUGGGGCACGGCGCGGGGCUCGGCACCCCCGCCCUCCCCCGGGUGGGGACAGGCGCCUCCCCUCCCUCCUCCUCCCCCUCCCCUUCCCCCUCCCCCUCCCCUUCCUCCUCCAGCGCCCACCACAAACCCUUCACCUGCCCGGUGUGCCAAAAGUCCUUUGGCGCCGGCCCGGCACUGCGCGCCCACCGCACCAUCCACACCGGCGACAAGCCCUACCGCUGCCAGGUCUGCGCCCGCAGUUACAACCGGCUGGACAACCUCCGCAGGCACCAGUCCGCCCACCUCAAGGCGCCGCAUUGACCGGCAAUAGCGCUGAGUCCCCCCCCCCCUCGCACACCCACCGCGUUCCCCGGCGUCACCCGCCAGAACCAGGGUGGGGGGGGGGGUGGUGGUGUGUAUCUGGGCAGAGGGAGCCGCGGCAAACCGGCUCCCCCCUCCGGCCCCAGGCAGGGGGCGCUCUCUCGCUCUCUUCCCCCCCCCCCCCCCCCCCCACC